UCCCUUUUUUUCUUACACUUUCACGCACUCUCCCCACCCCUUAAAAAUCCCCAAAUCAAAACCCUAAAAAUUUCAAAACGAAAAAUCAAAGGAAAUCAAGAUGGCCGUAGUAGCUUCAGCCACUCCCAACGCCACCCCACCCAAAGCCCAAAACCACCCGCCUUACAAAGAGAUGAUAGUGAGGGCAAUUCAAUCACUGAAGGAACGGAAGGGAUCAAGCAAGAAAGCAAUUGCCAAGUACAUUGCAUCCAACUAUGAUAACUUACCUUCUAAACACAAUGCAUUGCUUUCUCAUCACCUCGGCCGCCUCAAGAAGGAUGUGGUUCUUCAAAUGGUGGGAAAAUCUUACAAGCUUUCUAAAUUCGGUGAAGCUCUACAUAUUGUCAAUAACAAUGUGACCAGUGGUCCCAAGAAGAGGGGCCGACCGAGAAAGUUUCCAGCCCAAGAAGGAAUUGGUUCCCAAAGUGAGAAAAGGAAACCAGGUCGACCCAGGAAAAAGUUAUCCACAACAGAGCUCCUCUUGCCAAGAACCAUGAAGUCAAUGGUAAUGGUCGGAAAGAGAAAGCGUGGUCGUCCAAGGAAAGGGUCAUCACCUGUUAAGCUGAAACCUACCACUGAAAAUACAUUGGGUGAGAAAGGAAAGCGAGGUCGGCCAAAGAAACUUGGUUCUGCCUUGUCAUUGAGUGAGAAAAAAAUGCGAGGUCGUCCAAAGAAACUUGCUUCUGCAUUACCAUUAAGUGAGAAUAAGAAGCGAGGUCGGCCAAAGAAACUAUCUUCUGAAUCAGUAUUGCUUUUAAAGUGGAAGCCAGGUCGUCCCAAAAAACUUGAUUCAGCCUUGAAAUCGAGUGGGAGUAAGAAGCGAGGUCGACCAAGGAAACUUUCAUCUGACUCAUCGGUUGAGAAGAAGAAGCCAGGUCGGCCCAAAAAACUUGCUUCAGCCUUGAAAUUGAGUGGGAGUAAGAAGCGAGGUCGGCCGAGGAAAUUUUCAUCUGACCCAGUAUCUGUUAAGAAGAGGAAGCCCGGUCGGCCCAAGAAAGAGAAGAGGAAACCAGGUCGACCAAAGAAAGAAUCUUUAACUCCGAAGCUCGCUUCUGCCUCAUCGGGUGAGAAAAGAAAACGAGGUCGCCCAUCAAAAAGUGACUCUAUUCCCGUUAAGCCAAAAAUUUCGACAGUGUUGGCAUCUGGUGAGAAAAGAAAGCGAGGUCGGCCAAAGAAAGAGUCUGCAAGCGCCCAGCUUGCUGCUGCAUCAGGUUCGGGUGAGAAAAGAAAGCGAGGACGGCCAAAGAAAGUUCCAGUUGCAGUUUUGGAUGGUGCAAGUGAUAGCGUUCCAGCAGGGGAUGGUGCAAGCGAUAGCGUUCUAGCAGGGGAUGGUGCAAGCGAUAGCGUUCCAGCAAAGGUUGAAGCUCCAAUGUCUGAAGAUGCCAGGUAAUGUUUCAAACUCUUCUGUAGAUGGCGGGCUUUAUGUUCUAUAAUCUCUUUAGUCUUUACUGCUUCCAUUAACUUUGAAAUGAUUUUUAGAGGCGGGAACUGAAUUAGAAUUAGUUGUGAGGCAUGUUGUAUGUUAACUUGUAGCUUGGCUGAAUCAAACAAUCUGCAGACGCAAAUUUGUGCUUUUAUGUGACCUUCUUAUGCAAGUUAGUGCCAGUUUCAGGGAUGAAAGGUUUUCUUUGGUGGUUA